CGGGGAGAGGACACUUGAUUUUGCCGGUCCCAGUCUCGGCAGGUCUACACCGGGCACAGGACGGAUCGUAGCGGGCACAGGCACCAGAAGUGCUGGGAAAGCACAGAAGCCGUCCAGCACAAGUCCUCCCAGAUGACUAUGGAAGUGUGUCGGCCGGGAGACAGACAGAGCUUUUUUAAGCUCAUUGACACCAUUGCCACAGAGAUCGGGGAAUUGAAACAGGAGAUGGUACAGACAGAAUUCAGCGUCCGCCAUGAAGAGGAGCUGAUCGAGUGCUUGAGCAUUGAACAAGAGAUGGAGAAGAACAUAUUGGUUGAAAAGAAGGCUUUUCUGCGGGAUUCAGGGUAUGAAAGUGUGGCCUACAAGCCCAGCAUCCUGGAUAAACUUCUCCACACUCAUCCUGUGUGGCUUCAGCUCGGUCUGAGGGAUGACAAGGUCCAAGGCGUCCUCCACGAUCAGCCACCAGGGACCUUUUUGGUGCGGAAAUCUUCAAAACUCCAGAAGAAAGUCAUUUCACUUCGGGUUCCAGAAGAGUUUGGAUCUUGUUUCCAAGAAUUUGUGAUUAGAGAAAGUUCAUAUACUUUUUCCGUGGAAGGCUCUGGAAUCAGCUUUGCGGAUGUUUUUAGGCUUGUCGCUUUCUAUUGCAUCAGCAGGGACGUCCUUCCCUUCACUUUGAAGUUGCCUCAUGCCAUUGCCACAGCCAAGUCAGAUGCUGAACUUGAAGAUAUUUCUCAACUGGGGACUGACUUUUGGAAAUCUUCUGUAAACAUCAGACCAAAAUAUCCUCCACCUUCUCUCAAGCCUCUCCCCCAAGGCAGCGUCAAGAGGCAGUCACUUCAUCUACCUCUUAUAAAUGGAGUGCAUUCUCUCCGCACCAGAACACCCUCAGAACUGGAAUGUAGCCAGACCAACGGCGCUCUGUGUUUCAUUAAUCCUCUCUUCUUAAAAGUGCACAGCCAGGACUCGGGAGGAAGCUUUAAGAGGGACAGCACAAGAACCCAAGAAACAAAUGGCAUAGAGAGGGCGAAAUCACCACCUCCCAGGCCCCCUCCCCCUUCUAUUAACAGUCAUCGCACAAACCUUCAGCUGUCCAGAGCUGUACAGUCAGAGCCAAGCAUGCCAGAAACACUUAUUAAUAAUCGGCACGGGAACUUGGACUCUCCUAAAAUUGCUACCCCUAUCCCCCCUCCUCGCUUGAAGAAACAAGCUACCAUUAACAGGUGGCAAAGCAGCGACCACAGCCCAUCACUCAAUAGUUCCUGUAGAUCUUCAUUUGACUCUCAGCCUGAAGAAUCUCCACCUCAGAGACCAAUGCAGAACAUGAACGUGGGUCAGAUCAGCAACUCACCUGUCCAAGGCACGUUACGCAUGCAACGCCUGAGCGACAUGAGCAUCUCCACCUCGUCAUCAGAUUCCUUUGAGUACGACCGCAUGGUGCCCCCUUUUUACGAAGGCGACAGUUUGGAGGAUUGUGAAGAAGAGAGCGAUCAGGAGAGUAUGGCGCCUCCAAUAAAGUCCAAAAAUAAAAGGGCCACGUCUUUGGGAUUUUCUAAACUUGUGAAAACUCACCUGCGCAAGGUGAGCGGCGUGUUCAGUUCCUUGGUGACCCCAGAGAAGAAGAUGGUUAAGAAGAUAGCAGCCUUGUCUAGGGACAAGUGCACUUAUUUCGGGUGCCUCGUACAGGAUUACAUCAGUUUUCUGCAGGAGAACAAGGACUGCCACGUCUCCAGCACAGAUAUGUUGCACACCAUCCGACAGUUUAUGACACAGGUUAAGAAUUACUUGGCACAGAGCUCCGAACUAGACCCUCCGAUUGAAUCCCUGAUCCCAGAAGAUCAAAUAGAUGUGGUACUAGAGAAGGCCAUGCACAAAUGUAUCUUAAAGCCCCUGAAAGGCCACAUAGAAAACAUGCUGAAGAACUUCCGUAUGACAGAUGGGUCCUGGAGCCAGCUGAAGGAAAACCUGUUACUAGUAAAAAAGAGGACUCCUCAGGAACUCGGAGUUUUGACCCCAACGCCUGAGGCAGUAGAUGUGGAAAAGAUCAGAGUCAAGUUCUCUACCAUGCAGAAAAUGUAUUCUCCAGAGAAGAAAGUGAUGCUGUUACUGAGAAUCUGCAAGCUGAUUUAUACGUGCAUGGAGAAUAACUCAGGGAGGAUGUACGGCGCAGAUGACUUUUUGCCAGUACUAACUUAUGUCAUUGCUCAGUGUGAAAUGCUGGAAAUUGACACUGAAAUUGAAUAUAUGAUGGAAUUGCUGGACCCAUCACUGCUACACGGAGAAGGAGGCUACUACUUGACAAGUGCCUAUGGAGCCCUGUCCUUGAUCAAGAAUUUCCAGGAGGAACAAGCCUCACGGUUACUAAAUUCAGAGACCAGAGAUACAUUAAAACAGUGGCACCAGAGGAGGACUACAAACAGGACCAUUCCAUCCAUUGAUGACUUUCAGAACUACCUGAGGGUGGCGCUGCAGGAGGUGGACAAUGGAUGUACAGGCAAGACUCUUAUCGUUAAACCCUAUACCACUACAGAUGACGUGUGCCAGAUGUGUGCCCACCGGUUCAACGUAAAGGAUCCAGAAAAUUACGGCCUCUUCCUUUACAUUGACGACACCUGGCAGCAGCUGAGCGAAGACACCUACCCACAGAAAAUCAAAGCCGAGCUCCACAGUCGACCAAACCUCCAAGUCUUUCAUUUUGUGUAUAAGCAAAUCAAUAAUGACCUUCAGGGGAUCAUCAGCUAUGACAAUGAUGACGACAACAACAAUGACGAUGAUGCAGAUUUUUAGAUGUAUUUUUGCUCGGCAGUGGCUAGUUUUGCACUCGGUAUCAUACCUGUCAGAGUUGUAUACUCUUUUAGAGAUGGAAUCUCCCUCUGUUGGGCAUUUUGUGCUACCGAACACUUAUACAGUGGCCAAGAUGUGAUGAAAUGAAGAUCUCCAUGGAAUCAGCUUCGUGAUAUUCAGAUGUCUUGGAUCAACCGUGUCAGUGGGCUUCUGGUGACAAAAGUGUGGAGCAGUGGACAGCAUUGGAGACUGUAGUGAUUGGUUACACAUGAGAUGACGCCAUUGUCCAUGGACAGUACUGAAUGACAGAAGCUUUGUGUCAUUUUUUUUAUUUUUAUUAAACGGGUUGUUUUUUUUAUAAUCGUGGACAAAAAAUGAAUAGAAAGAGGACGUCGUGUUCGUAGAAUUAUUUGGCACUGAAAUUUGGGUUUGUCAAUUUAGUACACAGCAACCCCUCUCACAUAUGUAAAUGUCCCGAGUUACAAGAGCGUGUCCUCAGCUGUACUGUUAUUUUGUAAUAUAUAUAUAUACUUUGGAAGUGGAGUCUUUCAUAUGAUGUAUAUAUGAUGUAUUUUUUAAGACAAGGACUCCUAGUUAUAAGCAGCUGUUCUAGUGUGUGACUUAUUUUAACUUCUAUUUUCCAAGUACUGAUAAAAUUGAUCACGUGCAUCACUGGUGAUGUCACUAGACAGUAUAAUCGCUGUACUUGGUUGUCUCCAUCAGUCCCAUAGACUUGCAGUGGCAGAGACUGCUGCUUCAUUCAAACAGGGAGCUCGGGAACCCUUUUCUAGCAAUCGGUUGGGGUCCCAGCUGUGUGUCCUCCAGUAAUCAGACAUUUAUCCCCUGUCCUGUGAAUGGAGGAUAAAUAAUUAUAACUAUCAAUCGUGGCAAUCUCAUAUAAGGUCUAUUGAGACUUCCAAUCCAAUCCAGUGUAUGGAAUGGCUUUGCCUUUGAUUGUCAGCUUGCCAGAACUGCACCUGCUAGGUCAGCUUUGAGUCUGUCCUACAGAUGUUGUAAUCUAAAGGGAACCUGUCCUGGAGACAUCUUCCUCGUAACGUGCGUUAACCAGUGUGGUGUAAAAGUACACAUUGUCCACACCUGGAAGAACAUUUGUACAUUAAAAGAAAUGUCAAGUGCCAUUGGAAUUAAUGUAAGGUUGCCAGUAGAGGACCAGAAGGCGUCACAUCUGCUGAAAUGGAUGGGCUUCUGGAAUCCCUUCCCAUAGGACUAGUUUAUAUGGAUCUAAUAUUCUUAUAAACAAUGAGUUUUUGUGCCAUUGUGUAUAAUCACUGGUUAUGUUAUGAUGUCAGUAUUGCAUUAAUUGUAACCUUGGACUUAGGGUCCAUGCACAUGACCCUAUUUUUGGUCCACAAGCGACCACAAAACAGAUACGGUCGUGUGAAUGGACCCUUAAAGUAACACUUCAGGUAAAACUGAGACCUUGUGUUAUGCCUAGUGCAGGCCAUGAAGGGCAGUGCAUGUCAUAAGUAUUUUCUUUAAAUCCCAUGCACCACCUCCUCGAGCCCUGUACUAGACAUAACGUAAUGGUUUACUAGUAGUGUUCUUGAACAUGGACAUGUCUGCUCUCCUGAAUGCGUGCCUUCCACAUGAAAUCCUGGAGCAUCUUCUCCUAGAACCCUGUGUUGUUUUGUUCCUCUCUUGCUCCUCCUGGAAAUGUAUGAAUAAAUGAUGUGUUACCAGUUGGGGGGGGGGGGGUGUUCAUACAUAGUCUGAUAUAGGUGCUGGCAUAGGUGCACACCCCUUUGAAAAGAGGGAUAGUAGCACCAGGUUGUCAGUUUACAGCACAAGGCGGAGUUCUAAGAAAUGCUGCUCCAAAAUUGUAAUUUCAUGAGGCAUACAAGUCAGGAACGGUGACAUGUCCUCCAUUAGACACUUGCAUAAAAAACUGUAAUAUUGUGCAACAAUCCAAGGUGACUUUUAGAGAUGAGCGAAUUUCCGCUUAUGAAAUUUGUUCAUGCUUUGUUUGUUGGUAAAAGGUGAAUUGCGUUAUGGAUUCCGUUACCACGGACCAUAACGCAAUUCCUUUAGAGGCAUUCCGUUGUUCAUUCCGUCAUAAUAGAAGUCUAUGGGCUGCAAAACGGAUCCGUCUCGUUCCGUUUUUCCAACAAACAAAUUUCAAAAUAUGAAAUUCGCUCAUCUCUAGUGACUUUUGAUAUGUCUUUAUUUUGCAGAAAUGUAAGAUUUAGGCUUCAUGCACACGGUGGUUGUUUUGGUCCGCAUCCGAGCCACAGUUUUGGCGGCUCGGAUGCGGACCCAUUCACUUUAAUGGGGCCGCAAAGGAUGCAGACAGCACUCCGUGUGCUGUCCGCACCCAUUGCUCCGUUCUGCGGUCUGCCAAAAAAAUAUAACCUGUCCUAUUCUGUCCUAUUCUUGUCCGCAUUUUGUGGACAAGAAUAGGCAGUUAUAAUAAUGGCUGUCCGUGCCGUUCCGCAAAUUGCGGAACGCACACGGACGCCAUCCGUGUUUUGUGAGACCGCAAAACACACAACGGUCGUGUGCAUGAGGCCUUAGACAGUACACACUACUUACAAUGAAUAUUAUGUUGCUGCCGUUAUCUCACUGUCACCAGCAAUUGACUACGCUGUUCGAUGCAGUGCAUCACAGUACGAUGACAAGGUUAUUAUGUCAAAUUCAUCAUAGUUUUGCAUUCUAGAUAUAUUUCUUUAGUAGGACAGUUUCCGGAAAACUGUUUUAAGUGUAAGUCAUAAAGGUGCAUGUGUAGUUAACAUUUAAUAUAUAAGAACAUGCUAUCUCUUGCUGGCUCUAGAGCAUCACAUCUAUAUGUUGUAUUGGAUAUAUCACAUGAGUUGUCAUAAGCAGUGUUCGCUUUAUAAGGUGUUUUGAAGGGUUUUAUGUACGUGUGUGUUUUGUAUCUUUUAGUAUCUCGGCUGCCAAAAGGAGUCUGUUACAUAUUGCAGUUCCCCCUUUAGAAGGGAAGAUAUUGCAGAGGGAUUACUUGCAAGUGAAAUACGGUGACAGUAAAAUGAAGAGAUAGUUGUACACGAGCUAACUAGGCUGAAGCUUGGUCAGAAGGUUUUGCUUCGAAAGCUAAUUUUGACAAAGACUAACUUACUACAUUUCUGAAUGUAAUAUUUCUCCUUUACUCUAAUACACUUACGCUGAUCAGGUUACAGCUGACAAUCUGGGUUUAAGACAGUAAAUCAUCUCCGAAUAUUUGUGUAAUAUCACUGCCUUAGGUCUCAUGCACACGACCGUGACGUUUUUGUUUUUUUUGCGUUCCGCAAACCGCAGAUCUGCAAAAAACGGAAGCCGUCCGUGUGCAUUCCUCAAUUAACAGAACGGGCGUCGCAUUGUAGAAAUGCCUAUUCUUGUCCGCAAAAAGGACAAGAAUAGGAGGACAUGCUAUUAUUAUUUAUUUGCGGGGCCACGGAACGGUGCAACGGAUGCGGACUACACACGGAGUGCUGUCCGCAUCUUUUGCGGCCCCUUAGAAGUGAAUGGGUCUGCAACCGAACUGCAAAAAAAUGCGGACCACAAAAACGGUCGUGUGCAUGAGGCCUUACUGUGCUUUGGGCUUAUACAUUUUCACAGCAAGUUUUUCUUCCACACAUAUUACUUUGGCUGCAGUAUCCAGUGCCAUAAAAUGUGCCCGUAAAUAUUAGAUAAAAUAUGCCAGGUGGAGAGUUGGUUUUCAUGCCUAUGGAUCUGGUUUUAAGACAGUAAAUCAUCUCCGCUAUGAUCUGAAUAUUAGUCUAAUAUUGCUGCCUUACCAUAACCUUACUGUUCUUUGGCCUUAUACCUUCUCAAAGCAAGCAUUUUCUUCCAUAUAUAUCACUUUGGCUGCCGUAUCCAGUAUGCCGAUACAUGUGCCAAUAAAUACUAGCUAAAAUACGCCAGGUGGAGAGUUGGUUUUCAUGCCCACGGAUGCCAUGACAGCUUUUCAACUGGAAUUCCUCAGCUUGUCUCCAUUGCUUCCUUAACGCCGGCCAUACACAUGAGGUGGUGAUCAGCGGCCAUGCUGUAGCCGAUAAUGCGUCUACGUGGACAUUUUGUGCAAACAAUCCCAACAGCCAGACUGCCUGGUCCUUGAGUAAAAUGGCAAAUGAUUGGCUGAAUCUGCCCCACCAUACUAUACACAUGUAAUUUCUUGCCAACAGCCAAAUUUAUCCAACCUUGCCAAUUGCAUCUUUGGCAGACUAGUCCGCCAUCAGUUAUUGAGAACAAUCAUUCACGAUUAUUGGAACAAUGGUUGGCUGAAAUGACUGAAAACAGCCGUUUUCGUCCAAUGUUUAUCUAGUGUCUAUGGGCACGUUAACAUGGCUGAAGAUCUUGCCACCCCUGGGUUGUAUGAGAAUCCAGAAAACUGGCUUAGACUCAUUGCCAAAAUUGUCGAGCUUGUCCAUGGACGUUGUCGGGUAUUGCAGUUCCUCUCCAUACAAGUCUAUGAGGCUGAACUGCAAUACCACACAUCACUCAUGGAGAAGAGUGGUAGCAUUUUCAUGAAUUAGGGGCCCUCUUUUGUAACCUUAUACACCUCCUUGAGGUAGGUGUCGACUGUCCUGGACCCAUCUUUACUAGAAGGUAGAUGUCUCUGAAAAUCAAUCUAUAGCUUUACAUUACUUAUGUUACCUCCAGCACAAGUUUUUGUCCACUUUUUAAUGAGAUGUUCAGUUGGAAAAUAUGGAAGGAAUAAGGCUGGAAAACCAGGUUUACAAGGACUAUAUAUCGAUGACUACUGUAAACAGUUUCUGACUAUAAUGCCCCUCCCCGACAAUUUAUAAGUACUGUAUGUGAUUUUAGGGGAGUUUUAGAUGCCUAGUAUUAUCAAGCUGUAUUCUGGAAAGUGAAUAAGAUAGAUGAGAUCAUGAACCAGCUCUGAAAUAUUUCCUUAUAUAUACCGCGUAAAACCUGACGAUAUACAUAUAUUUACGGUAUAUAUGGCUUGCAGUUUUAGCCACUAAAAAAUAAGUAAAAAUGAGUACUUACUACUGGACUAAAGAAGUGGGUAGUUUGUAAAGAGGUUAUCCAGAUUUAUAUAAAUGCAACUUAUUUGUUGUACAGUAAAAUGUAGAUCACUAGAGAUGAGAAAAUGUCAUAUUUUGAAAUUCAUUCUCACUUCGAUUGGUGGUAAAAUCAGAAUUGCGUUAUGGAUUCCGUUACCACGGACCAUAACGCAAUUUUAUGACGGAAUGCAUAAUGGAAUGCCUUUAGAGGCAUUCCGUUAUUCAGUCGGUCAUAAUGGAAGUCUAUGGGCUGCAAAACGGAUCCAUCCCGUUUUCGUUAUGUCCUGACAUAGUGCUGUUCAAAAACGCGCAGUGCUUGUGAAGUCAGUAUAUGUGUAUAAGCACCGCCAGCAAGCAUAGGUUUUAAAAACCGAAGAACUGACACGCAAAGUUUUUAAUUCUUCGAAGGGUAAGGCGUACUUGCAUAAAACUGGAAGCCUCAUUUAAGCUUUAUGGAUACAACUGCUUUAACCCCUCCAACCAAAGUCUUUUAUUGCCAGCACCGACUAAGGUUUUUGGAUGGACUGGACAGAUGAGAGGGGUCGAGGAAAGGCAAUAGAAUGUAGCGAAUGGCAUUGACUGAUAUAAUAUUGUGUUAUAACAGUACUGUACUCGUCUGCUGGCCCAGACCACGGCAGAGUUAUAGAGAGAAAUCUUGAAAUGGGUUUGCAGGUACAUACCCUGUAAUUCUGUUAGAAUGUACAAGACACUUAUACGACUUCAGGAAAGUAAAACACUAAUUAUUUAAAGUAAUUUCAUGUUACGUAGUUUGCUUUUAAAAUAAAGAAAAAGGUUAAAAAAAGUUUUUAAGGAAGAUAAAAUGUAUUAAAAUGCAAAAACAUAAGAAAUGUGUUUUCACUCUGUAUGUUGGAACAAGGCAGUGUGCUCUUGUAACGUCAGCUUCGUACAUUCGAGUCUUCUCUGGAUUACUUUGUAUUGUGAAAUGUAUGUAUUUGGCACAUAAUAAAUGGUUAUGUGGUUUGAUAAUA